AUGACGUUCCAAUGGUUCGCGGUCUCAGCCCCUGGUGAUAGUCCCAACACCGAUGGCAUCCACCUCUCUCACUCGUCGGAUGUGAAGAUCAUCGGCGGUAUGAUAGAGACCGGUGACGAUUGCAUCUCCACGAACUCCGACGUGUCACGGGUGAACAUCCGUGGAAUCACGUGCGGCCCAGGCCACGGGAUAAGCAUCGGCAGUCUGGGUGGAAGCGCGGCCGAGAAGGACGUGUCGGGAAUUUUCGUCACCAAUUGCACUUUCAUUCGGACACAAAAUGGGGUUAGGGUUAAGACGUGGCCCUCCAGCCCAGCCACGUUGGAAGUUUCAGAUCUUCUGUUCCAAGAUUUGGUGAUGAUCGAGACUAGCAAUCCUAUUGCUAUUGAUCAAGAGUAUUGCCCCAACCAUCACUGCGACCGCACCUUCUAA